AUGUCCGUGAAAGUUGUAGCAAACGCAAAGCAUAUAUUCUUAUCGAGAAAUCUGGCGCAAUAUCAGCGAAAUCCUUUGCUCUAUUCAACAUAUAGAGGGAUUUUCGACUUUACACCAAUAACGAAAACACGACGUGAAUUUACCCAAAAGAAGCUUGUUGGAUACUCAAUGCAACAACUUUACUCCGUAGUUGCUGAUGUUGAAAAAUACAACACUUUUGUGCCAUUUUGUAAAAAAUCCUUCGUGUACAGCCGGAAACCGGGCUCCCUAAAGGCAGACCUUAUCAUAGGAUUCCCACCGCUAAACGAAAGCUACACCUCGAAUGUAACGCUCGUUACGCCCACACUCGUCAAGGCGGAAUGUGUCGAUGGACGCCUAUUCAACUACCUGUUGACGGCGUGGCAGUUUAGUCCGGGGUUGAAGGACAUCCCGCAAUCGUGCGUGAUUGAUUUCAUGGUAUCGUUCGAGUUCAAAUCGUUGCUACAUUCGCAGCUUUCGAAUUUGUUUUUCGACCAGCUCGUGAAACAGAUGGAAUAUGCCUUCAUACAGGAAGCCGAACAAAGGUUCGGCCCACCGGCUAUCAAGAGUCAUGUGCUGGUGUCAAACAAAUCCUGA